AUGUUGCGCGACCGACUGGUGUGUGGGGUGCGAAGCGAGACUCUUCAGCGUCGGUUGCUGGCGGAGCCGGAGCUUACGUUUGCGACAGCUCGGGAGAAAGCCAUUGCCAUGGAAUCUGCGCAGCGACAGACUGAGCAAAUUCGCGGCCGUGCCACAUCGUCUGAAGUAUGCAGCGUGAGCGGGAAGCGUUUCGACCCAUGUGUUACGAAGGUCUCGGCGCCGGGGACAGCCAAGGAGGGUACCCAGAAGCAGGCGGGUUCGCCUGGGAGCACAAGUGGAUGUUUCCGCUGCAAAGGUGCGCAUUCGCCAAGCAGUUGCCCAUUCAUUAAUGUGCAGUGCCACUUCUGCAAGCAACGAGGGCACAUAGUAAGAGCAUGCAGGAGGAAGGCUACAGCUCGCGCUUCGGCUGAACCGAACUCUCCGAACGGAAAACGGGCCAAUGGAGGCCGUCACAAGAAUGCUGCGUCGGACGUAUACGACGUGUUCGUACUGUCUGGUGAGGAGCCAGCCGUGAGAGUGGAAGUGCGCGUCAACGGAAGUCCCCUAGAGAUGGAGGUGGACUCGGGUGCAGUGUGUUCAGUCAUCAACGACCGGACUAUGCGGAAGCUGCGAAUAUCGAAAAGGGCGUUGCGCCCAAGUAGCCUUCACCUCCGAGCUUACAAUAACAAGGAACUACGAGUGUUGGGUGAAUUGACCGUGACGGUGGAAUUUAGGGGGCAGGAACAUCGCCUGCGAUUGGUGGUGGUUAAGGGUGCUAGUAUCGGACUUAUCGGUCGAAACUGGUUCAAGUCCUUGGGAAUAAGUCUGAGUGGCGUUCACAGUGUGUGCGAGCCGAGUAGAACUGGCAGUAAAGGAACAACGGCCUUGCUCAAGAAGUAUUCUUCAGUCUUUGAGCCUGGACUUGGGACAAGUAGAGGGCCUCCUGUACACAUAGGGGUGAACCCGACAGCUCCGCCGCGAUUUUUGAAGCCACGGCAAGUACCGUUUGCAUUGAGACCGAAGGUCGACGAAGCACUGGACAGGUUGGUGAGCCAAGGCAUUUUCCAGCCUGUACGGCACUCGAAGUGGGCAACACCGGUCGUUCCAGUUGUCAAAAAAGAUGGAUCGAUAAGGAUCUGCGGGGACUACAAGAGCACCGUCAAUCGUGUGGUGCAGUGGGAAACGUAUCCUCUGCCAACACCAGAGCAGCUGUUUGCCAGGCUGGCAGGUUGCUCGAAGUUUUCAAAGCUAGACCUCGGACAAGCGUAUCAACAGAAGACUGUUGAUGAAGAAACAGCUGACUUGUUGACGGUGACAACACAUCGGGGACUUUUCCGCGUAACCCGUCUUCAAUUUGGCGUGGCAGUGGCAGUGGCUAUUUUUCAGAGGUACAUGGAAGAACUGUUGCAUGGAAUUGAUGGUGUGCUGGUGUUCUUGGAUGACAUCUUGAUCGGUGGAAGGGAUGAGGCACAGCAUUAUGCUCGUUUGCAAGAGGUGCUCAAAAGAAUCCACGAAGACGGUCUGCGACUGAAAUUUGACAAAUGUCAAUUUUGUGUUGAGGAAGUGCGUUACUUGGGAUUCAUCGUGAACUCUGCAGGUGUGCAGCCGACAGAAGACAAGGUGCGUGCUAUUCACGAGGCCCCGGAGCCAACAUGCAAAAAGGAGCUUCAAGACUUUUUGGGAGCUCUGAACUUUUACAACAAGUUUCUUAAGGGAGCAGCACAUACCUUGGAGCCACUUUACCGGCUGUUGGACAAGGGUCGCGAGUGGCGUUGGACGGGAAGCCGCCGUCACGUGACACAGGAUAACACAGGGUUGCUUAGCCCCAAGAUUGUCCCGCUAUAA